AUGAAACUUUGUUUUGUUACCGUGGGAGCCACUGCUUCAUUUGAGAAGCUCGUUCAGGAAGUGCUCCACGAUCCGUUCUUGGCGGAGCUCAAGAAGUACAAAUUCACUCAUCUGAUCGUUCAGUAUGGCAAAAAUGGCCAGUCGAUCUUCGAUAAAUUCACUUCAGAGCACCUACCAGGAACUAACAGCCUGCUGGGUAUGGAUGUUGCCGGGUUUGAUUUCAAACCUGACUUGACCACAUACUUCCAAAUGGCGCAGAAGAACCCUUCGAAGUCGCAAGAGCUUGGGCUGAUCAUCAGCCAUGCCGGUACCGGUUCCAUCUUGGCUGCUCUUCGAGCUGGCUUGCCUCUGAUUGUUGUCCCGAACCCCGAUCUUGCAGACAAUCAUCAAGAGGAGCUUGCCCUUGAAUUAGCAAACUAUGGAUAUGCAGUCAAGGGAUCGCUUGAGAAUAUACCCAGCACUGUUAGCCUGGCAGAGAUCCGCCGAGAACAAGCCCCGUACUAUCUAGAUACAGAUGAACGCAACUUGGGUGCCCCGUUGUCUGACCAGCUAUCAUACCUAGAUUGA